AACUACGUUGCAAUCACCAUGCCGAUUACUCGCCUUGGAACCGACGCCAAUCCCAACAUGGCAUCCGCCGUGGUCCACAAUGGGAUUCUUACCACCAUGGGUGUCAUUGAUGUGACCAAGGACGCCAAUCUGGAACAGCAGGCACAAAACAUUCUUGACAAGAUUGAUGCGCUCCUCAAAGAAGGAGGAACCGACAAGUCCAAACUCUUGACCGCCAACAUUUGGCUCAAGGAUAUUGGUAGAGAUUUCGCUCCUUUCAACACGGUGUGGCAGAAAUGGAUCCUACCCGACAACAAACCCAUCCGAGCAUGUGUCGAGGCCAAUUUGGCUUUCCCUCAAUUGUUGGUGGAAAUUCAAGUCACUGCGGCAGUCGAGUAA